GUUGCAUGAACGCAGCAUCUCUAAAUAAUAAUGGCGCCGGCCAAAAGAUGCAACGUGAGUUUGGCAGCAACAGCAGAGAAAAGUGUGAAAAAAGCUAAAAUUGACAUAAAUGCCCAAGUCGAAAGAAUACUUGAGAGCAGAAAAAAUGCCAACGACGUUUUUGACAUCCUCGAGGCUCUUGAGUCUGAAAAAGAGAAGGAUGUUGUCAGUGCUGCCAAUGCCUGCAGCAAAUUGUUUUGCACCUUGUUGGAGAAGAAAGAGCUGUUUUUGGGAAAACUGCCUGGAGAAGAGGAGGCAGUAAGUGGAGAGUGUAGUGCUGAAGAGAAGUACCAAAUGUUCAUGAGACACCGUUACAACAGCUGUGUAGAGCUGCUGCUGGAGCAUCUUAGCCAUGAUCUUCACGGAGUUAAGGAGAGUGCCCUGUGCUGCCUGAUGAAGUUUGCUGCAGGAGAAGGAAAGUACCCUCUUGAGGACUUGGACUGGACUGAGCACUACAGCUUCCCAAGAGAACUCCUCCAGGCAGUGGUGGACAGAUUGCUGUCCAAAACUACAGACAACUCCAUGCUGAUCUCCAGAUUCCAGGAGUUCCUGGAGAUGGAGGAUGUGCGCUAUUAUGUCAUGAGCUCCAUCCGCGAGAAUGUGGGCAAAGUCAUGGACAAAAACAAAGGGGCAUUGGUGCCCAUAUAUCAGAACAAUGUGUUCACCCUCAUGUCCAACAUCAGUAUACCAAGCCAGGAGUCGGAGCUCACUAACUUCAUGGUCAAACAAGAAGCCAAGCAUGAGGACUGGAAAGCAGCUAAACUGAAUGAACACAAGCGUGUCUUUGAGAGGAUGUGGCUGGGCUUUCUCAAGUAUAAGUUGCCAAGCAACAUGUAUAAAAAGAUCUUGGUGAUCCUCCAUGACUCAAUUUUGCCCCACAUGAGUAAACCCACACUGAUGAUUGACUUCCUAACUGCUGCCUAUGAAGUUGGUGGGGCUAUCAGCCUGCUGGCCCUCAAUGGCCUCUUUGUCCUCAUACAUCAACACAACCUAGAUUACCCAGAUUUCUACAAGAAUUUGUAUAAUCUGCUUGAGCCUUCUGUUUUCCACGUGAAGUACAGAGCACGCUUUUUCCACCUAGCUAACCUCUUCCUUAGCUCCAGUCACUUGCCAGUGUACCUAGUGGCUGCGUUUGCCAAACGCUUGGCUCGUUUGGCUCUCACAGCACCGCCCACAGCCCUCCUCAUCGUGCUGCCCUUUGUCUACAACCUUAUCCGCCGCCACCCAUCCUGCAGAGUCCUCCUUCACAAGCCCAGCACGGAAGGCGAGCUUUUGGAAGACCCAUACCUGAUGGAUGAAGAGGAUCCUGUUAAGUGUCGUGCCUUAGAGAGCAGCUUGUGGGAGAUUAAGACACUGCAGAAGCAUUACCAUCCAGAUGUUGCCAAAGCAGCUUUGGCAAUCAACACACCUCUGUCAGGAAAAGAGGACGACAUCAAUGAGGUGCUGGAAAUAACAACACAUGAGCUGAUGGAGAGAGACCUGAAGAAGUCUCAGAUCAAGAACAUCCCACUGGAGUUUGAAAUUGCCACACAGUUACUAAAAGGAGGGGGUGAUGUGUUAGGACAACACUUUUGUCUGGAUUAAAACAAAUGUGAUUUGUUUGAUACAAAUCAAAGGAGGAGCUGCAAUCCAUGAGACCAUUUUCAGCAACAGCAGCAGCAAGAAGCAAGAAAUGAACAGAAAUGCAUUUGAUCUGGGGUUUUGUUUUUAUGUUUCGUGGCCAUGAUCAUUGAUGUGUAACUUUUGUAUGUCAUUAAAAAAAGAUCAAAGCUCAUGGUGAAUAAAUAUCUUUGUUUGAUUAAA